CCAAUCAAAAAUUGCACCUCUGCGGAACGAUCUACAAUGGAAAUAUUUCUUCGUCUGCUCCUGAUAGUCGUAAAGGUGUUAUCCUGGAUCAUCAGCCCGAUUCUGGAUAAGUUCGUGUAUCCCCAGAAACCCAAAAGAACCCAAGUUCCUCCGAUCAAAAAUCCACUUCUCCUUUUGAGUAUCCAGGAGCUGCGCAGUCGUCUUCGGUCACGUCAGUUGACUUCUGUGGAGCUGGUGAAGGCAUACAUCGACCGAAUCGAGAGCGUUAAUUCGCAUUUAAAUGCGCUGAUUGAGUCCCGUUUCCCGGCUGCUCUGAAGGAGGCCCAACAUGCCGAUGACCUAAUAGCCGGAUGCGCAUCUCCAGAGGCGGUGGAGAAGCUUUUCGAAGAGCGUCCCCUGCUGGGACUGCCCAUGACCGUCAAGGAGUCAUGUGCCCUCGAAGGAAUGACCUUUUCUGUGGGCAGUCUCUUCCGGAAAAAUGUAAAAGCCAAUGCGGAUGGCGAGGCGGUGAAAAAAUUAAGAACUGCCGGAGCUAUUCCUCUUCUGGUCUCUGCAACUCCCGAGUAUUGUUUUAGCAUCGAAACGGAUACCUUCUUGAACGGACGAUCCAUCAACCCGUACGACUUUGAGAGGACUCCGGGGGGCAGCUCUGGCGGUGAGGGCUCUCUCAAUGGCGCUGGAGCCUCUUUGUUUGGAAUUGGGUCGGAUAUUGGAGGAUCCAUUCGUAUUCCCAGCCAGUACUGUGGCAUCUUUGGACACAAGCCCUCCGGCGGAGUGGUGUCCGUUAAGGGACACUUUCCCGACUCCUCCGAUCCGGGUAUCGAACACUAUCUGGUGGAGGGACCAAUGACCCGGUUCGCCGUGGAUCUCAACGAUCUACUUCGAGUGAUGGCGGGCCAGGAAAACUCCAAAAAGUUGCGCCUAACCGAACCUGUCCAACUGAACAAAAUAAAAGUGCACUAUGCACUGGGUUUCGACGGCCUGAACGGACUCAUUCACAUGCCUGUUGAUGAGAGCAUUCGGAAUGCCAUUUGCAGAGCAGCCACUCACCUGAAGACCCUCGGCCUGGAGGUGACUCAGUCCCAGUUGCCCAAUCUCAGCAACUCGGUGGAAAUGGCUCUAUCGGGAAUCGCUGGACAAGAUGGAAUGGUCUACCUGCUGGAAGGACCUGAGGAGUCGGGUAAAGUGCGGCAGACCCUUUGGGAGAUAUUACGCAGUCUGGUGGGUCAGUCCAGUUACACAACCAACGCUCUGAUGUUCGAGUUGUUGCGUCGAACCAACGCCUUCAUGACCAGAGCAAAGGUGAAUCAGUAUCUGGAAGAGUCACGGCUCCGCAUCGGAGAGUUCAGCAAACUUCUCGGCGAUAAUGGCGUGCUGCUGUUCCCCACCUUGAACUUGCCGGCUCCCAGGCACAAGUGGUCAGUAUUUUCCCUCUGGGGCGUCGACUACACCCUGAUCUUCAAUGUGCUGGGUCUUCCGGUUACCCAUGUGCCCAUGGGUCUGGACGAACGUGGACUUCCGUACGGGUUUUCCGUCAUUGCGGGUCCAAACCAGGACAGGUUGUGCCUUCGAGUCGCCGUAGAGCUAGAAAGGGCUUUUGGCGGUUGGAAGCCACCUGUUCCACACGAGAUUAAUGAAUUAAAAGAUAUUGUUUACCCGUUUUAAAAAAAAUAAUGAAAACAACCCACAUUUAUUAAUCAUUUGCUAUUUAAAAUUUUACAAAAUUAAAAAGUUUUUUAAAAACA